AUGGCUGAAACAAAUUCACCCAAGCCACCGGCGCAAGAGAACCUAGCCUACUACAAAGCACAAUAUGAACAACUCGAAGCUGAACUCGCCGACUUUCAAGCAUCCAGUAAAGAAUUAGAAGCCGAGUUAGAAAAGGAUGUUGAAGCUUCGGAGAAACGAGAACGGCAAUUACAGCAGAAAGUCGAAGGGCUUGGGUAUGAGGUUGAAGAAUGGAAGAAUAAAUAUAAGCAGGCAAAAUCUGAGGCUAAUUCCGCACAAAAUGCAUUACAGAAAGAGAUUACGAACUUACGAGACACUAACCGAACGGUUCAGCAUCGUUUACGUGACAUUGAAGUUUCUAACGAUGACAUGGAACGACAAGCAAGGAAUACGACAUCGUCUUUGGAAGACUUAGAAUCUAAAUACAGUGUCGCCAUUGAGCGAGGAGUAAUGGCAGAGGAAGAAAUUAGGAUUGGUGAACAAGAACGGGAGGGUCUGCGGAUUGAGUCGCAAAGACUUCGGGACGAGCUCAGCGAUCUGAGGAUCGAAGCGGAGAUUCGUCAGGACAAAUUAAGAAGAGCAGAAGAUAUCAUUGAGCGGCAAAAUAAGUGGGAGCCAUCAUCAGCCACAGGACGACCCCAGUCAGCUCUGUCAGACUUAUCGCCAGCCACGUCAGUAUCCUCACCUACAAUUCCAACACCACCUACGAAAUCAGCCUCAUCCACGGUCUCAGAAACCCUGACACCGCCGUCGCCGCCCACAUCGGAGAAGUCAAAUCCAACCAACAGAACGAAAGCAGCCAUACCCUCAACGAGCUCACGACAGCAGGCUGCUGACUCUAACAUCACUCCGAAACCAUCGCAUACGACCUCGCGCCCACCCAGGUAUUCCAAAGGACCAAUGAUACCUGUCAAUAGCGAGAGAACGCCACAUGUGCCAAGAACGAAAAUCACGAGCCGUCCGCACACUGCUCCGCGGCAGCCUGGGCUUGCACAAUCAGGCUCGCUCUAUCAUUUACACGGUCUGAUGAACAAGAUGCAAUCACUCGAGCAGCGAGUGCAUUCUGCACGUUCAAAAUUGCCCGCUCCUACCUCCACACCUCCUCGAGCGUCUCCACGCAGUGGCUCAGCUCUUGGCCAAUCGUUCAUCCCAGCUACAGUAACCGUUCGAAGCAACAAGAAACGCUCAGGUGGAAGCAACGCCUCUUGGGCGCAUACUCCAAAUGAAAGACCUGCGAGUCGACUCUCAUCUGCCGUCACUCAUGGUACAGACAGACCUUCAUCUCGGCUUUCAUCUGGCAUCCCUCAGCCGAGUCCCAACAAAGAUGUUGAAACUGGCAGGCCACCAAGCCGUGAUCAAUAUCAUAGUCGACCAGGCUCUCGUGCGAGUCUUUCCUCGCGUCAGUCAUUUGGUCGCCUGCCUGGUGGAUCGACGUCAAACACAAGCCGUCCUAGUAGUAGACAAUCAAUAGAUCCACGAACCCCAGGGGCAUUAACAGGUCCAAGGUCGACGAUAGCGCAGACCGAGCCACGUCGACCUCGCUCCUCCGUUGGUGAAUCCUACACAAACGCAUACAGUAGCCACGGGCAUUCGGCAAGCCUGUCAAGAAGCAGCUUUUACAAUAGCCAAUUACAGCACACAGACGAGGAAGAUCCUGACGAAGUUGUGACCCCUACACCUUCUAGGAGGUCAACAUUUACGAAGCCGGAUGCGACCUCAGCCAUACCAGCGGCCCGAAGUCGAUUGAGUGGUUUUGGUACUGGGAGGAGAACAAGUCUUGGGACUGAAAUGGGCCCCCCUGAGAGGAAACCACCGACACGAAAAUUGAGUGAGGUAGGCGAGUCGUACUGA